AUGGAUGCUGCUAAUAUUAACAAUCUACAGUAUCCUGUCAGUCAGCCACGUGACGCCAAUGGUGACCCCCAACCUGAUGUACUUUGGGAUGUUCCAAAACCGCUCAAGGCAUAUCUUCAUGGGAUCCGUGGUUACGUCUACCACCAAGAAACUAUGCUGAAGGACCCAGUCACCCUGACUAACUGUGUCCUCAUUGACCCUGAUGAUUUUGAUACAUACAGGGCCACCAGCGCAUUCAUUGUGUUCUGUAGCCGCACCAUCCCACAGCCUCUCGUCUCCAAGCCAUCUCGACGUUCACCAGCUGAGGAAUUUGAUCGGGGCACUAAACUAGAUGCUAAUAACUAUCCGACUUUGUCCAAUAAUAGGCAAUGGAAUAGUCAUCAUGCCAAACGUCUCACCCCUGAUGAGGAACAUACUCAAUACCCUUGUCUUGCUGAGACUUUUGUCUCUGGUCUUUCAUCAGUUGACCUUGAGCCUGAAGGCAAACAUGGAACAUUCCCCGUACCCUUGUCUUGUUGA